AUGCCGCUGCUCCGACAGGCUACACGAAGCCAGUCCCUCGAGCGUGAGGCUCUCCUGUGUCAGGCCGAGGGGCCCGAGGUUGCUGCUCUCACGACGGCGGCCAUCGAACACAUUGCCCGGGUAGAAGCUACUAAUACCACUGGAUGGCGCCAACCCUUUACGACACUGUUGGCUGGAGCCAUCUCACGACGCGGUCGGAAGGAACUCAGUUUCAAGGGCGCCUCCAGCGAGCUGAUCCGCAAAGGCGAGACGGCCCGUGCCCUGGAGGUCGACAAUCUGAUUCUGAAGGGAUGUCUACGGGUGGUACCCAAGAGGGAGGAGCAGGAGGUGAGGACCAAGUGGAGUUCCCGGUUCAUCCCAGGACGUUUUGUGAUGACUGAGAAGGAGGAGGAGGGCCAACCUACCCGUAUCAAGGCCCGCUGGUGCCUCAGGGGGUAUCUAGAUCCCGACCUAUCUGAACUGAUUCGAGAGGGGAAGCUACAGAGUCCUACUAUUACGCCUUUCGGGAGAGCGGUAUGCCUGCAGAUGGUGGCGAGCCACCAGUGGGAUUUGCAAUUCGGUGAUGUGCACUGUGCUUUCCCAGAAGCUAUCCAACUCCUGCGCGAACGAUUUCCGUUUCGCAAGUGGCAGACCCACACUGGCGAAUUCUGUGGCACCCACUACACCCAGGACCCCGAAACAAAAACCAUCCAGGGGAACCAGGCCAAGUUCGUGGAGAAAAU